AUGUCCGGAGUGGUCAGCAGGGACGAUCCACUACGCGAAUGGGAGCGCCGACAGAAUGGACUGGCUCCUUCGUCUGCGGCCAACAUGAGCAGCAGCAGCAAGAAGAGGCAGAGCGCCAACUAUCAGCAGCUGGAUCUAUUGCAGCAACAGGCCGAGUUGGGCGGGACCUGGGACGGUGUUAGUGGAGGCAGCAGGGCUUGGGAUCCAGCGAUGCUGGGCAAGUCCUCGGCGAGUGGUGGAGGAGCAGGAAGUGGCAGUAGCGGGGGUGGUGGUUCAGGAACAGGAGCCGGCAGCUUUUCUGUUGUGGUGGACGGAUCUCAGGACAGGACGGGCAAAGGCAGCAAUAGCAAUAGUCUAGCUGGUCUGUCUGGAACAGGGAUUGCUGCUCCACCUGCGGCCUACUCUUCGAACUCUGGCGGAGGGGUAGAGGGCAUGGGACGAUACCAGACGUCGCCUGGUCUUGGGUACGGCUUGAAUGGUGCACCACCCAUGUCUGCCUCGCACAGCAGUGGUGGCGGUGGAUCAAGUGGGAAUGUCAACGCCUCUACGCUGCCAUUUGACAUCUACGAUGCAGGCAUGGCCAACUUGCUGCCGCCCUCUUUGACGCCUGUUCGCAUUCAGGAUCGGAAUCAGCAUUUGCAUCAACAGCAGCAGCAGGCACAGCAGGCGCAACAACAGCAGCAGCAACAUCAGCAGCAGCAGGCGUACUUGCAGCAGCAGCAGCAGCAGCAGCAGCAGCAGUACGUGGCUCAGAUGCAGGGGCGCGAUAAGAGAAGGGAUGGCAGUGGCGGAUUUGGAGGCUUGUAA